CAAUGGGGAGCUGGGCAUCACAUCUGUACUCCGUGCAGCCCGAGAAGCUGGAUGAGCUGAUCGAGAACUCCCUGAGGCCCUAUGGAGAGUGUCAGAUGCAGAUCGAUGACACGGUGAACGCCAUCUGUGCCGUCCUGCAGGAAACGGACCAGAUCCCCCACACGAUGAGUGUGGUGAAAGGCGGCUCCUAUGGCAGGAAAACCAUGUUGAGGGGCAACUCCGAUGGGACGAUUGUCAUCUUUGUCAGUGACCUUGAACAUUUCCAGGAUCAGAAAAAAAACCAGGAUAAAAUCCUCAACAACAUCUGGCAGUGUCUGAAAGACUAUCAGCUCACAAAGAAGCUGCCGGCCAAAAUGGAGACCCAGAGGUUCCACGGUGGGCUCACCCUCCGGCUAUCCACAAAAUGGCAGAGUAUCACUUUUGAAGUGCUGCCUGCCUACAACGCUCUGGGCCUAAGCGAGAAGCCCAGCUUCCAGACCUACCGAGAGCUCAGAAGAGCCUUGGACAUGACAGAAUCCCGCCCCGGCGAGUUCUCUGUCUGCUUCGCAGAACUCCAGCAGAGGUUUUUUCACAACCGUCCCAGAAAGCUGAAGGAUUUGAUCCUCUUGGUAAAGUACUGGUACCAACAGUGCCGGGAAAAGCUGAAAGAUUUACCCCAUCAGCCCGUGUAUGCUCUGGAGCUGCUUACAGUCUAUGCCUGGGAACAGGGGUGCAGAGCAGAAAACUUUGACAUGGCAGAAGGCAUCAGAACUGUCCUGGGGCUAAUCAGACAGCAGGAGCAGCUGUGCGUCUAUUGGGUGGUCAACUACAACUUUGAGAACGAGACAGUCCGGAACAUUCUGCUGAGCCAGCUCCGGUCAUCGAGGCCAGUAAUCUUGGAUCCAGCUGACCCAACCAAUAAUGUGAGCAAAGAUAGGGCGUGUUGGCAACAGCUAAAGCAAGAAGCUGAGAGCUGGUUGUCUUCUCUCAGCCAGAAUGAGUCACCUGGACCAUCGUGGAACGUUCUGCCCGCACCACUGUUCGCCACCCCGGGCCAUCUUCUAGACAAGUUUAUCAAGGACUUUCUCCAGCCCGACAAAAAAUUCCUAGACCAGAUCGCGGUAGCUGUUGACUUCAUCUGUAAAUUCCUUCAAAAAAAUUGCUUUCGCCCUUCAGCGAAAAAGGUUCAGAAGACUGUGAAGGGAGGGUCAACGGGCAAAGGCACGGCUCUGAAGAUUGGGUCCGAUGCUGACCUCAUCGUGUUCCCAGACUCGCUUAAAAGCUACACCUCCCAAAAAGCCGAGAGAUGCUCUAUCAUCAAGGAAAUCCAUAAACAGCUAGUAGCCUGUCAGCAGGAGAAAGAGUUUGCAGUGAAGUUUGAGAUUUCAAAAUGGAAGGCUCCCAGGGUGCUGAGCUUCUCUCUGAAAUCCAAAGUGCUCAAUGAAAGUGUGAACUUUGAUGUGCUGCCUGCAUUUAAUGCGCUAGGUCAACUGAAUUCUGGCUCCCCACCCAGCCCCAAGGUCUACGCUGAGCUCAUUGAUCUGUACAAAUCCUCAGACGCCGAGGGGGGAGAAUUUUCCACCUGUUUCACAGAACUGCAGUGUAACUUCGUUGUCUCGCGGCCCACCAAACUGAAGGAUUUAAUUCGUCUGGUGAAACACUGGUACAAACAGUGUGAAAGGAAACUGAAGCAAAAGGGGUCUCUGCCCCCAAAGUACGCCUUGGAGCUGCUCACCAUCUAUUCCUGGGAGCAGGGGAGUGGAGCAGAGAAUUUCGACACCGCGGAAGGUUUCCGGACAGUCCUGGAGUUGAUCACAAAAUAUCAGCAGCUCUGUGUCUUCUGGACGGUCAAUUACAACUUUGAGGAUGAGACUGUGAGGAACUUCCUACUGACCCAGAUCCAGAGAACCAGGCCUGUGAUCUUGGACCCAGCUGACCCCACCGGUGAUGUGGGUGGAGGAGACCGAUGGUGUUGGCAUCUCCUAGCAAAAGAAGCUACUGAGUGGUUGUCCUCUUUCUGCUUCAAAGAUGGGACUGGAUAUCCUGUACAAUCGUGGAAAGUGCCAGUAAGAAUAAUCUAAAGGAAGUGUCCUCUGGAGAUGCCCCUGUGACAUGCUUACAUCAAAGAGCUUCUCCUGUUGUAGCAACUUGGAAUUCAUUCUGCCACAAAUAACAGAUAGCCCAACUCAGGAGCUGAGAACAAAACAAAACAGGCUUGGGUUUUUUUGGUUUGUUUUGUUUUGUUGUUUUUUCCUUCCCGUUACAAGCAAUCCUAAGGCAGGUGACCCAGGACUCA